AUGGCGUCAAAUUCAUCGUGGCGAAAAACGCUAAUGCCACGUGUUAGUGCUAUUGGCAUCAACGAUAUGAUUUUCGGUGAUGGAGAAGGUUUACAAGAUUGCUGUUGUUUUUAUAAAGAUACAAUAAAUCAACCCGAUAAACAGUUGGGGUGUAUAUACACAUGGGACGAUUGUUUGUUGGGGAAUAUUAAGUGUUGUCUAGUUUAUAAAUAUACAGGAACGAGCGAGGAACGUGCUACUAUCUUGAUUUAUCCUGGAGAAGAAAAAAUAUAUUAUUCUGUUGAAAAAAACAGUGUUUGCAUAUUAUUUUCCGAAUCGGACGACUUUAAAAGUCUUGACGAUCUUUUACACGCUAUUCAGAACGAAUGUCAAAAAGAUGUGUUGAUUAAAAUGAUUGCGUUGUAUAAAACAUCGUAUACACCUUGGGCCUUGAAUGUUUUGUCUAACCAUUUGUAUGGUAAAAGGUAUACCGUGGUCAUAAAUGGCGGUUUUAUAUGA